AUGAAUUUGGAGAACACUAAGGAAAAUGUCUUGAAUGAAGCCUUGGCUGCUGACCUACAGGCAGCUUUUGAGAAGGUUGGACGCGAUGGAUCUGUGAGCUCUAUCGUCUUAAUGUCUGCGAAACCGAAUAGUUUCGUAGCUGGAGCUGAUGUAGGAAUGUUAAGCAAGGCAAAGAGUUUCGCUGAGGGCGCAUCUAUCUCAAAGAAGGCUCAAGAACAAUUUGAGAAGUUAGAGCGAUCUGGAAAACCUAUAGUAGCUGCGAUUAUGGGUAGCUGCAUGGGCGGUGGACUGGAACUGGCCAUGGCUUGUCAAUACCGUAUCGCAGUAAAUGACAAAAAAACCCAGCUGGCGUUACCGGAGGUCAGCCUCAAAGAUUCAGAUCACAUUGGUCAUUUUUAG